AUGAAGACAGCAGGUGCUGGCGAGGAGUUGUUCAAGCGAGCGGAGCAUUUGCAGCGGUUCUUGAAGAAGUUCCGCGCUUGGCGAAUGAAGAUCGCAGAGCCCCCAAACCCGGACGCUGUGACAGCGUUGAAAGAUUUAGGAUUUUCUUUGACUGAUGCGGAUCAGGCGUUAAGGCAGACUGGGUGCAACGUCCCGGCUGCUGCUUCGUGGCUAAUAGGAGAGCGUGGGUCCAGUAUCUUCGAGUUGAUCAACGGUCUACCCGAUGGGUUGAUUCUCCAGACUCUGCUGAAGCAGCCUCAGAUUCAAAGAGGGCUUUUGAACACAAGGAUGUUGAUUGCGUUCAUUGCUAUGGUUGGGCAAACGGGGAGCGCGAGUUUGUGGCUGAAUUCCCCUCAUGGGAGUCCGUUACUGUCCCAGAUAUCUAGGACGUACCACUCGGAAAAGUACUGCCUCACCGUGAACCAGUUUUCGGAGGAACGUCGCGAGCGGACUCGCAGCGCCUCUAUGCCGUCCACUUCAAGGCAGAGGAACUAA